AUGGUUUCCUGCCGUGUCUGUUACCUCAGGGGGCUGGUUGCCAUUGUGUGUGGGCUGCUGGCCUUGGUCACCUUGGGACUGGCCAUCUGGAAGGCUGUGAUCAAGAUCCAGAGAGGAACAUUUUCUCCCCCAUCAACCAUCCCAACAGAGUUCUGCAGGCACGGUGGAACCUGGGAAAAUGGCAGAUGUAUUUGUACAGAAGAAUGGAAAGGUCUGAGAUGUACAAUCAUUAAUUUCUGUGAAGAAAGCGAGUAUGAGAAUUUAACUUUUCCAAAAAUUCCAGCAGGAAAAUAUGGAUCUUCUACACAAACAUGUGAAAUGGGCACUCUGAAUGCAGGAUCUCCAAAGGCAACCCGGCUCUGCAACCUCACUGUAGCUGGAGAGAUAAAAUUAGAACCUGCGAGAACAGGAAAUUGUAAUGAAAACCUGGAAACAUUGGAAAGUCAGAUAAACAACAUCCCAGAGCAAGCAGAGCUGAUUUCUGCUGAAGCCCAGAUUUUAACAUCUAACGCUAGUAAAUUAACUGCAGAUAACAUCACUUCUGCUGCUAACGUGGUUGGACAGAUCUUCAACAUAGGUGAUAGAAACACAUCUGAGGCAAAAAGAACUGCUGUAACAACAGUGAGUCAGCUUCUAGACGCCAGUGAAGAGGUUUUUCAAAGAGCUGCUGAUAUCGAUAAGAAUAAUACCUUUAAAACACUUAUUGAGCAAAUAGAAAUUUAUUCCUUGUCUUUGAACACCGUACCAGUGGUGGAGCCUAAUAUAGCAAUACAAUCUGUUAAUUUGUCUCUAGAAGACACCGAAGGUCCUGCAAGUGUUCGCUUUUCUGUGUUGAAAGGAUCUAGCGAUUCUCUAAGUUAUGGGUCAACACGUGUAGAUAUGCAAGUGAGUGAACUACAACCAGAUGCAGAGACUGAACUUCAGAUCUUGCUCAAGACCAGUCAAAAAAACACUGGGGCAUGUGGCUUUGUAGUAUAUCAAAAUAGCAAGCUUUUCCAAUCAAAAACUUUUACAACUAAAUCAAAUUUUAGUCAAAAAGUUAUCUCAAGCAAAACUAAUGGAACUGAGAAAGAUCAGAGUGUUUCUAUUGAAAUGGUCUUUAAUCCAAAGUUCAAUGAAAAAGAAUUCCAACUCCAUUCCCAUGCCUGUGUCUUUUGGAACCUUUCAAGGAAUGACUGGGACACACGUGGCUGCCGAACAGACCAGAGCAGUGAUGGGUUCCUGUACUGCAGCUGCAACCACACCACUAGUUUCGCUGUAUUAAUGAGUUUCAGAAAGAACUAUAACUACCCUAAGUCACUAGACAUAUUUUCCAAAAUUGGAUGUGCACUGUCUGUCACUGGUCUGAUUCUCACGAUUAUUUUCCAGGUUGCCACCAGGAAAGUCAGAAAAACCUCAGUAACCUGGGUGUUGGUCAGUCUGUGCAUGUCAAUGUUGAUUUUCAACUUCCUCUUUCUGUUUGGAAUUGAAAACUCAAAUAAGAACUUAAUGACAAAUGAUGAAGACAAGGAAAACAAUGAUUAUGGUAAUAACGAAGUACCCACGACAGACACCAUCCACAUCCCCAAUCCCACGUGCACUGCGAUUGCUGCUUUACUGCACUAUUUUCUGCUAGCAACAUUUACCUGGACUGUACUCAUUUCUGCCCAGCUCUGUUUCCUUCUGAUUUGGACCAUGAAGCCUCUUCCUCGACAUUUCAUUGUCUUCGUCUCUUUAAUUGGAUGGGGAAUUCCAGCUAUAGUGGUGGGUAUGACCAUGGGAAUAAUUUAUUCUCUGAAUAGGGACGAUUCACAAUGGGAGCUAAACUACAGGCAAGAAGAAAUCUGCUGGUUGGCAGUUCCAGAAGGCAAUAAUUUUAUAAAAAGUCCAUUGUUGUGGUCAUUCUUCAUACCUGUUACCAUUAUCCUCAUCAGCAAUGUUGUUACAUUUAUGGUCAUCGCAGUCAAUGUCCUGUGGAAGAACAACCAGAAUCUGACAAGCACAAAAAAGGUUUCAUCCAUGAAGAAGAUUCUCAGCACAUUGUCUGUGGCUGUGGUUUUGGGAAUUACCUGGUUUCUGGCAUAUUUCAUGCUAAUUGGGGACGAGAACAUCAGUGGCAUUGUCAGCUCCAUAUUCUGCAUUUUGAACGCUACUCAGGGAUUUCAGAUUUUUCUCUUCUACACUGUUAGAACAAAAGUCUUCCAGAGCAAAGCUUCCGAAGUGUGGAAGUCCCUGUCAUCAUCCAGUGGGAAAGUGAAGUCACUGCCAUCAGGGACCCCGCUGAAGCUACGUGUCAGGAUGUAUAGGCUAGCCAAGUCCUUUCCAUCCCUAAAAGGACGCUUUCGGCUGCUGGAACCGUUUGUGUUUACUGAGGAAAUGUCACUGUCUGAAAGUAGCCAAGCAAACUCAAGCACAUAGACUGUUAACUUUUGUGGUUCUUUUUUAUUCAACAUGCAUGCAUUUUGGUUUGUUUCCCUGCUUUGUUACCCAGUCUUCCCAGAAACUCUCCCUCAAUGUAUUUUGCUCAGGGUUAAGAAUUAGGUAGGAGCCCUGGUGGCACAGUGAUUAAAGCACUUGGCUACUAACCAAAAGGUCAGCAGCUUGAACCCACCCAGUAGCUCUGCAGGAGAAAGAUGUGGCAGUCUGCUUCCUUCUGUAAAGACUACAGCCUUGGAAACCCUACGGGGCAGUUCUAUUCUGUCCUGUAGGGUCACUAUGAGUCGGAGGUGACUCGACGGUAAUGGGUUUAGUUUUUUGUUUGUUUUGUUUUAAGAAUUAGGUAAACUUGUUAUUUAUUAUCAUCAUGGAUAAUGAAUUUGGUAGUUUUUCUACUUCAGUAGAUUCUUAACACCAAUAAGGCUAAGAAUUACGCACAGCGUGCAAGAUUACCUUUGUGUCUUAAAUCAUAAAGUCUAUGUGAUAAAUUUUGUUAAAAAUGUAGAACCUGGAAGAAAUCCUUUUACAAUUUAC